UCAUCGGUGGUUCAAGCUCCCUGCCACCGUGGACGUCAGGCAAGAUGUGUUCAGAAGUUGAAAUAACAUAAAAACUGUUAUGAUUUAAAUAUCAAUUGAGUGAAAAUCAUAAAAAUAUGGAGUACUUCAAAAGUGGUUUAAAAUCGGUUCUAGGGAGCCCGGACCCUGACACACAGCCCACGGGAGCAGACACGGUUGAAAGACUAGUGGAUAGACUACAAUCCUCCAGUCUCCUGGAUGACAGGAGAGAUGCCUGUCGAGCCCUGAAAGCUCUCUCACGAGCUUACAGAGUUGAAGUGGGAGCCCAGGGAAUGGACACCCUUAGACAAGUCUUAGAAAUGGACAGAACAGACUGUGAGAUUGUUGGAGUUGCUCUUGAUACGUUGUGCAACAUCACGAGUCCAGAAACAUUCGAUGAAGAGGUUGACAAACACGGUCCGAACUCAAAAAUUGGUGAGCAAUUUACUGAGAUCUUCAUAAAGCAACAAGACAGCGUACCCCUGGUCUUAUCAUCCCUCGAAGACUUUGAUUUCCGGGUACGAUGGCCAGCUCUGAAAUUGCUGACCCACCUCCUUUCAAAUCGUCCAAAAGACAUUCAAGAAAUCAUUCUCGUUAGCAGAAUGGGCGUUUCCCGUUUGAUGGACCUCUUGAUCGACACACGCGAGGUCAUACGUAAUGAUGCCCUACUCCUCCUGAUCCAAUUGACAAAGGGAAAUGCGAAUAUACAAAAAAUUGUGGCAUUUGAAAAUGCCUUCGAUCGUAUUUUCGAUGUAAUAGCUCAAGAGGGUGGCGUGGAGGGUGGUAUUGUCGUCGAGGACUGUCUUCUGCUGAUGCUCAACCUAAUUCGCAACAAUGUCAGCAAUCAAAAUUUUUUCAAAGAGGGCAGCUAUAUCCAAAGAUUGACUCCCAUGUUCCAACUUCCCCCAGACGCCGAGGACACAUCCUUGUCGGGUUGGAGUCCCCAAAAAGUGGCCAAUGUCCAUUGUAUGGUACACGUAGUUCGGGCUCUGGUAGCCCCGAGCAAUCAGACCCAAAUGGUAUCAGCCUGCCAGAAGAUAAUGCACUAUUGUGGCCUUCUCCAGGCUCUCUGCGACAUACUGAUGGCCUCUGGAGUACCUGCAGAUGUCCUGACAGAAACAAUAAAUGCAGUGGCCGAAGUAAUCCGUGGAAAUAUUACGAAUCAGGAGUUUCUAGCUGGUGUAAUGGCGCCUUGUAGCCCUCCACGACCAGCCAUUGUCGUUCUCCUGAUGUCAAUGGUCAACGAGAAGCAGCCAUUUGUCCUCAGAUGUGCAGUUCUUUACUGUUUUCAAUGUUUUUUGUACAAAAACGAAGUGGGACAAACACAGCUGGUGCAGACUUUGCUGCCCCAGACCAAUGAGCUGCCUUCACUGACCACAGGUCAACUGUUGUGCGGAGGCUUAUUCUCACCCGAUCCCUUGUCAAAUUGGUUCUCAGCUGUUGCUCUUUCUCAUGCACUGAUCGAUAAUCUUAGCCAGAAAGAGCAGUUGUUGAGGGUUCUGUUGGCUACAAAUAUUGGAAAGCCACCAGUGACUCUUCUGCAACAGUGUGUGAUGUUACUUCAACAAGGUAACAAACCCCAAUGCAAACUAGGAUUACUCAUCCUUCUCUGCAGAUGGACUUCAUACUGUCCUGCAGCUGUUAAAAAAUUCCUAGCUAUUGAUUCAUCAAUAGCUUACCUCACAGCUUUAUUAUCCUCCCACGAGAAUAAUGAAGAUCUCCAGGAAAUAUUGAUCCAGAGCAUGUGCGCAUUGUUAAUAGGCAUUUGUGUACAUUUCAAUGAAGACGAUGUUCCCAAUUACACUAAGGAGAAAUUAUGUGCACUGAUAGAAAAUAGAAUUGGCCUUGAGAGAUUUCAAGACGCCAUUAGUGGUAUUUCGAGACACGAAAUUUAUUCAAGAACUCUUAAACAUCCUCAGCCAUCAGCCAGAACCUCAGCAGAUUUGCUGCUGGAUCAUGAUUUCUGCAGGCUCCUCAAGAGGAUCGAAGGUACCAUUUUGGAGACCGUAUUAAAAGGAUCACAUUCCAGUAAGGAUUUAGUUACAAGUCUCUCAUCAGCUGAUUCUGCCCUGGUUUCGCAGUACAAGGACGUGAUCAGGGAACAAGAUGUGCAAAUACAGAAUUUAAAGAUACAAAAUGGUGUUGUUAUGAGAGAGAAGGAGGAGUUAGAGGAGAGGGUGACGGAGUUGGAGGCAGAAGUGGGAAAUCUUAAGGACCAGAAUUUAGUUCUUCGAGCUGCGCAGAUUGAUUCGGGAGAAAAUGGGCGAAGUGGGAGAGGAUUGACGAACCAUACGGAGGACGAGGUGAAAAAAUACAGUGCGAUUGUCAAGGAGCUAGAGGAGAGACUUGCAAAUUAUGUUUUGAAGGUUAAAGAGUAUGAGGGAAGUGGUGAGAGGCUUAGAGAGAUGGAAAAGGUGCUGACGGAGAGGACUGAAGAGCUGGAGAAGGUGAAAAAGGAUCAAGAUGAUUUGCUGGAGUUGCUGGCCGAUCAGGAUAACAAAAUCAGUGUUUUUAAGGAGAGGCUCGUUGCUCUUGGAGAGAAAAUCGAGUCUGAAGAGAGCUCGGGGGAGAAUGAUACUGAUGAACAACCGGAAUCCAGUAAUUAAAGAGAUCGAGAACCAUCUGCACAAAUUAAUUAGUUGAAUAGUAAUAGGAGUCUUCGAUGUAGCAGUGAAGUGAUUUGAUGCAGCGACUUUUCAAAAGUUCUUGAGUAAAUGGGGGUUUAGGAUAAAAUAUCAAAAGGAAAUGUUUGCCGAGGGUGAAAUAUCAACUUGAUUUUACCCUCGGGGGAUUCCCUAUGUACUACGAUUUUUCAUUGUGAAAUACUUCGUCAGUGUUUAUAGACAGAAAUAAUUUCGUGAUGCGUUGGAGGCAGAAAAUUGUAAUCGUUGGGUACUUGGUACAUGAAGACAAAUCAGCAAAAUGUUGUACAUUGAAAUGGGCGUAAAGUCCAUUAAUACCGCACGAUAUCAAGUAUAUUUUUCUCAACAGAGAAUUUGCACUUUUAAGUAAUAUUUGAUUGACAAGAUUCAUAUGAUGGAAGAUUAAAAUCGAGAGAUGAAUGUACAAUAUAAUAGAAUGUCGAUUAAGAAUGAAUGUUUUUAAAAAAUAAAAUUAUGUUUUGUUGAACAAAAAAUUCUUCACUCAUCUUUUUUAACAUUCUACACGUGAUGAUGUACAUAAUGAAGAGACGGGACCGUCAAAAUCGUCGAAGACACAGCUGGAAAACGACUUGUGACAAAACCCACUACAUACAAUCUAAUUUUUCUGCCUCCCGCAUAUUGAAAUAUUUUUAUUACCUAUAAAUACACAGAAACUACCCCAAUAGAUGAGAAAAAGUUCCUUUAACUGGUUAAAAAACAUCAAAUUUAUCUCUAAAAGUUACCAACCCUUUGAAAGGCUAAUCUUAAUAUGGAAUUGGGGAGAAAUUAUGUACCUUGAUGUCUUUUGACUGUUUUUCCAAUGUCUCCAUUACCGAAAUGACCAAAAAUAAUAAAAAAAAAUGCGACACUGCUGCAGAAAUAAAUUUUAAAUGUUUUAAACC